GUGAGGAAGAUGAUGACUUUCAGUAUAUGGAUCAUGACUAUGAAGUACCACAGCAAAAGGGUUUGAAGAAGAUAUGUAGCAAGGUGAAAUGGACACGUGAAGAGGAUGAAAGGCUAAAGAAGCUGGUGGAACAAAAUGGUACAGAUGAUUGGGCUUUCAUUGCUAGUCAUCUACAAAAUCGUUCAGAUUUUCAGUGCCAGCAUCGAUGGCAGAAGGUACUAAACCCAGAAUUGAUUAAAGGUCCCUGGACUAAAGAAGAAGAUCAGAGGGUUAUUGAAUUAGUUCAGAAGUAUGGUCCAAAGCGCUGGUCUCUAAUUGCAAAACACCUGAAAGGAAGAAUAGGCAAGCAGUGCAGAGAGAGAUGGCAUAACCAUCUCAAUCCUGAGGUAAAAAAGUCUUCGUGGACAGAAGAAGAGGACAGAAUAAUCUAUGAAGCUCACAAACGUUUGGGAAACCGAUGGGCUGAAAUAGCCAAACUUCUUCCUGGAAGGACUGAUAAUUCAAUUAAAAAUCACUGGAAUUCAACAAUGCGGAGAAAAGUGGAACAGGAAGGAUAUUUGCAAAGUGUUAUAAAGUCUGAAAGCACUAGUUCUUCUGAACUUCAGCCCCAACCUUGUCUGACUAUGGAACACUUGCACACUCAGAAUCAAUUUUAUAUGCCUGUUCAGACGCAUAUUCCAGCAUAUCAGUAUGCCUCACCAGAAGGCAACUGUCUAGAACAUGCUCCAUCAUCUUCCAACAUAGUUCAGCAGCCAUUUAUUGAUGAUGAUCCUGAUAAAGAAAAGAAAAUAAAGGAACUCGAAUUGCUACUUAUGUCAGCAGAGACUGAAAUCAGAAGAAAACAAAUGUCUUCUCAAGCUGGAAGCUUACCUUGUUGGUCUGGAAGUUUUGUCAUGGAGGAUUGUAUGCCUAAUACACUAAGUAGCCUUGAGGAACAAACAAGUGAUUUCUACAGCAUGGAUGAGGCUCGCAUCACACCUGUUCAGCAGAAUUCACCACCUAAGUAUUUGGGUGUUGAAGCAAAUAGAAUGUUAACACCUCUACAAACCAUUCCAGAAUUUGCAGAGACACUAGAUCUUAUGGAAAUUGAUCCGGUAGCGUGGAGUGAUGUCACCUGUUUUGAGCUUUCAGAAGCUGUUGUAUCUCCUGUCAAGUCAGCUCCAGUAAAACUCAUGCGGCUUCAACACAAUGAAGGAGCUCCUGAGUGCCAGUAUAAUGUUGGCGUUAUGCUUGAUGGCAAAAACCACAGCAGUAGCAUCAGUGGUGACGAAGAAACCGUUUUUUCAACAACCUCAAACUUAACUAAGUUCAGCAAUCCACCUGCUAUCCUAAGAAAGAAAAAGAGAUUGCGUGUUGGGCAAUCACCAGUUAGUGAUCUGAAUGAUGGCUUGUGUAAUGAUGCUGUCAAUGUUGCACUAAAGCGUACACCAGUGAAAACACUACCGUUUUCUCCAUCACAGUUUUUCAACACUUGCUCUGGAAGUGAACAAUUUAACUUUGAAAAUCCUGCAUUUACGUCGACUCCAAUCUGUGGGCAGAAAGUUCUUAUUACAACUCCUCUACACAAGGAAAUGACACCACAAGAUCAAAAGGAAAAUGUGGGUUUUAGAACUCCCACAAUGAGAAGAUCUCUUUUGGGUUCAACACCAAGGACACCAACUCCUUUUAAAAAUGCUUUGGCUGCUCAGGAAAAAAAGUAUGGUCCUCUCAGACUUAUGUCACAACCACUUGCCUUCUCGGAGGAAGACAUUAGGGAAGUUUUGAAAGAGGAAACUGGAACAGAUAUAUUUCCCAAGGAGGAAGAUGACACUGUGUAUAAAAGCUGCAAGCAGGAGCACAACUCUUCUAAAAAAGUCAGAAAAUCACUGGUCCUAGAUUCACAGGAAAAAGAAGAAGUUGGUGCCCAGCGCUUCACAGAAGAUAAUAGUUUAGAUGUACAGGACAACAGAUGUAACCUGACAUCAGAAAAACAGGAUACAAAUCCAGCAGACAAAGCAAAUGCAGUAAUUAAGAAGAAACUGAAUGCAUGUGCUUCAAAAAAUGUCAAAAUGGAGAAAGCUCUUCAGCCAAAUCGUGACUGGGAAGCAGUUGUUUAUGGAAAAACAGAAGACCAGCUUAUCAUGACUGAGCAAGCGAGGCGAUAUCUGAGCACAUACACAGCUACCAACAGCAAUUCGAGAUCUCUGAUACUGUGAUGGUCACUGCAACUGACAGCCAUCUCUUUCCAUUGACACUGAAACAAUGUCGAACGCGAUUCCCGUACGAUACAUGUGAAUUAAGUCUUGUCUUUGAGAGAGUCUGCCAAGGGAAACCUUAAAGCUACCUUAAAGCUUCCUUUCUUCUUUUGACUGACAAAGAACAGACAUGAAGCUCUUGCAUUCUUUACGAAAGGAUGUUGCAAACAGUUCUGCAAUGAAUUGCUUAAAUAUUAGAAGAGUAAUGCCCUACCAUAAUAUAAAGAAGGGGAAAAUGCAUUGCAGUAUUGCCAGCAUAGAGCUUCUAGGUCUAUUUUUCGUAUUUAUUCUUUUUACUUGCAUUGCAUUUUUUAUCUGUUAGAGCAUUUUCAAUAUAGAGUAGGUUUAUAGGUUGUUACUGGUUUUCAAAUGAGCAAGAUACAUGACUGAAUAUGCUUUUGCUUAUGUAGCAUUUUUCUAGUAUAUAAAGAAACACAACAGAAAGAAGUACAAAGGAAGGAUAGAAAGUUGCACUACUAAUUUUUUUGGUAUGCUGCAAAACAAUGGAAUUAACUACAGUGUUAAAUAUAUUUAUUUGCAAAUGGUACUAGAAGUAGGCAAGGGGGGGUGAAUUAAGUUUAGUGUAAAGCAUCAGUAUUUUCUUCAUAAAUCUCAAAAUGAGAUGAUUGUUGAAUGUAUUGUACAGUAUGUAGGAACAAGGAAAAUUUUGUAAAUUGGAGAGGAUUCUGUUUUUAUAAUUUAUUUCCAUUUCAAAGCUUAAAUGUAGAUAUUUAUAUGUAUGCAGGUUGUCUAGAGGCCAAUGUUGUUUCCUGUUAAAACAGCUAAAAUGAAAAAAGGACAAGUUUAAAAUAUAUGGAAUAGCAGAAGAAUUACAGUGAAGUGUAAAAAUCUAUACUGUACGUGUUACAUCUAUGUAAGGAUUGCACUAUAGCCCUAAAAUCAUGUUGGUCUACAACAUAAUGACAAGGUAUACCUGUAUUAUACAGCAACUGUUCCUGUUCCUUGUUUAAAUAUAUUUAGAAAGAAAUGGUGGGGUCUUACAUGAGACCCAGGAGUACUUUGUCCUGCAUAGGAACUAAAAACUAAUGCCUUUUCAAUAUAUAUAUUUUAUUCUUUUUUUUUUUUUUAAAGAAACUUGGCACCUUGGAUCUCAAAACAAUUGUAUCUGCACUUAACUUUGACCAUUAUAUACUGACUAAAUGUUUGAAGAGCAAA